AUGAAGAGAGAAAGGGAAGUCUUGUCCAGAGUUCUCAGUGCUUCAGGUUUCGUGCACGUAGCUUGCCUUCUAAUAAUCUACUACACAGAUCUGAUUGAAGGAGUCAAUAUCACCAGCCCAGGGCUAUUAAUUCAUGGUACCGUUGGCAAGUCGGCCCUGCUGUCUGUGAGAUACACCAGCACCAGCAGUGACAAACCUGUGAUCAAGUGGCAGGUCAAGCGUGACAAGGCCGUGACCGUGGUGCAAUCCAUCGGAACGGGGAUCAUUGGAAACCUGCGCACGGAGUACCGGGACAGGAUUAAGAUCUUCGAGAAUGGAUCCCUGCUGAUCCAUGAGCUGCAGCUGUCUGAUGAGGGGAUGUAUGAAGUGGAGAUCUCCAUUACGGAUGACACAUUCACUGGGGAGAUGAAUAUUAACUUGACUGUGGAUGUUCCAAUUUCAAAGCCGCAUGUUGCCCUGGCCUCUUCAACUGUGCUGGAGCUCAGUGAGAAUUUCACUCUGAACUGCUCCCACGAGAAUGGCACCAAGCCUAUCUACACAUGGUUGAAGGAUAGCAAACCCCUCAGCAAUGACUCCCGGCUGAUCCUUUCCCAUGACCAAAAAGUGCUGACCAUCACCAGAGUUCUUAUGUCAGAUGAUGACACUUACAGUUGUCUGGUAGAGAAUCCCAUCAGUUACGGCCGCAGCAUGCCCAUAAAACUGACUGUGUACAGAAGGAGCUCGCUCUAUAUAAUCCUUUCAACUGGAGGAAUUUUCCUUCUGGUUACCUUAGUGACUGUCUGUGCCUGCUGGAAACCAUCUAAGAAGAACAAACGGAAAAUGGAGAAGCAAGGUUCUUCCGAAUAUGUGGAUCAGAACGAAGAACACUUAAAACAUGACGUUGAAAUUGCUCCCCGAAGUGGAGAGCAUGAACGCAAGAAUCCAGUUGCUUUGUACAUCCUGAAAGACAAGGAUUCUCCAGAAGCUGAUGAGGAAUCCCUCCCAGAUCCCCGCAAUGCAACCGAACCCUCACCACCUGGCUAUUCCAGCUCGCCACCUCCCCCAGGAAGAUCUCCUGGAUUACCCAUUCGGGCUGCUCGUCGAUACCACCGCUCCCCAGCUCGGUCUCCAGCCACCUCCCGAACGCACAUAUCCCCCACCAGGUCCCCCAGCUCACCGGGGCGCACGCAAAACACCGCACGUUUGGUGAGGACUGCUGGAGUGCACAUCAUCCGAGAGCAACAAGGAGAGCCCAGUGCUGUGGAAAUCAAUGCCUGA